GACUACACUCGUUUCAUUUAUCAAUCAAUACGCAAUAAAUUCCAAACGAAGUGAAAUUGUCGGGUAUUUGUUUAGUCUGAUAUUCGCGGAGACUGAAGUCGUAUUGAGGGAAUAUUAAAGUGGCCUGUGAAAAUGGCAAACACGUUUGCUGUUUGUCUAAUUUCUAUCGCGCUCUUUUGUUUAACAGAUUUGUCGUUAGCUCGACAAAUACCAAAAGAAUGUUCAAAAGGACCUGAGUACUGGUGUCAAAGUUUAAGUCGUGCGGCAGAUUGCGGCGCUGUGGGGCACUGUAUAGCUACAGUGUGGGAGACACAGGAUGACAAUAUUCACAGCAAUGAAGUGUCGGACAAGUUCAUCAAACUUUUCACCGAGCUGAAGGAUGUGAAAGAUAUGAUCAAUGAGGAAUACCUAGGCAUUCGGCUAAAAUCAGCAUGCGAAGAUAUUCCAAGCUCAGCAAUCACGAAGAUAUGCAAAGAGAACACAGCUUCUUUGGAGAAAUAUAUCAUCCAUGUUCUUCUAUCAGAUACCGCUCCUUCGACCAUGUGUCGCGUCGUCAGAAUGUGUAAUAACAUGAAGGUCGACAAUAUAUUAGCUUUGAGCAAAAAGAAGACAACUGAACCUAAGAGGCACACAGAUAAAUUAGUAGGUAGUUCCCAAUGCACCUGGGGACCAUCUUACUGGUGUAGCAAUUUCAGUACUGGCCGUGAAUGCAAAGCUACUCAUCACUGCGUCACAAAGGUGUGGUCCAAGAUGACUUUCCCUGAAGAUAAUGACAGCAUCUGCAAGAUCUGCACAGACAUGGUGCAACAGGCCCGCGAUCAGCUAUUGAGCAAUGAAACACAGGAGGAACUGAAAGAAGUAUUCGAAGGUUCUUGCAAGCUGAUACCCAUCAAAAUUGUAGCGAAGGAGUGCAUCAAGUUGGCGGAUAACUUCGUGCCUGAGUUAGUGGAGACCCUCUCCUCACAGAUGAACCCUCAAGCAGUCUGCUCGGUCGCCGGACUUUGUAACAACGCGAAAAUCGAUCAUCUGCUGGAGAGAUACAAUACACAAAAGGAUCAACGCGUGGACUGCUACAACUGCCAAACUACAGCAAGCGUGUUAAGAAAGCGUUUCGACGACACCACCUAUGAAGAUUUCCUUGUUGGUCUAUUGCAGGCAUGUCGCAGAAUGGAUUCUCUAUCAGAUUCGUGCUCGAUGCUAGUCUUCAAGUACUACGAGGACAUCAUAAAAGCCGUGAAAGCAGAUCUAACUCCUCAGAGUGUGUGCCACAUGAGCGGACAAUGCACAUACAAAUUUCACACUCAUGACGAUUUCGUGUUCCCGGAACUGGUUGUUGGUGAAGUGAAGGCUACAAAUGAUGUUCCCUGCGAAUUUUGCGAACAAGUUAUCACCCAUCUCCGAGAUGUGAUUGUUGCAAACACAACCGAAACUGAAUUCUACAGGGUUAUAACUGGCCUCUGCAAGCAGACUGGUAAAUUUAAGGAUGAAUGUCUUCAUUUAGCUGAUGAAUACUACCCCGUUCUGUACAAGUACUUAGUGUCGGAAUUACAGCCCGAUAAAGUUUGCACCCUUAUGGGCAUUUGUGGAAAGCGCAUCGAUGAGCCCAUAUCACCGUUGUUGCCUCAAGAGAUCGCCAUCAAAGCUGACAAAUUAAUUGGAGGUGACGAAGCCAACAGUUACAGAGUCAAUGAAAAGAUUGGUCGAGUGCCGGUAGAUAAACAAGUCCACGUUCGUAUCAUGGGCCAGGAGUCCGACAUCGCCCCGCUGCCUAUAGAACGCAUGUUCAUACAACAGCCACAAGGCAAAGCGGCCUGCUCAUUCUGCCAGUACUUCCUGCAUUACAUCCAAGUGGAACUUAGCGAUACUAGAACUGAGGAUGCUAUCAGAGAUGCUGUAGAAAAAGCGUGCGACCGCCUGCCAAAUACAGUAGAAGGAGAAUGCAAACAAUUCGUGACACAAUACGGACCUGCAGUUAUUGCUCUGCUCGUUCAAGAGAUUGAUCCCGCUAGUGUGUGCCCGGCCAUGGGUCUAUGUCCACAAACCCAGAAAGUUCGCCACGUCUCUAUUAAUUCUGAUAAAUCCAACUGCCCACUCUGUCUGUUCGCUGUGGAACAACUUGAAACUAUGCUCAAGAGUAACCACACUGAGGCCAAUAUCCGUCAUGCACUAGACAACCUUUGCACACAUCUCUCUAAGAAAUUCCAAACACAAUGCACCGACUUUGUUGACACAUACGCAGAUCAGUUGGUCGAAAUGUUGGUCGCCAACAUGAGCCCACAGGAAGUAUGCGUAUUCCUAAAACUGUGCACCGACCAGGUCAGUGAUCCGCUACAGAUUACCAAGCAAUCCGUCGACUAUUACCACGAGAAGCCUCACAAAAUGGCCGACCGGAAUAACUUCAGAAAGAAGUCGUUACUGCCAAAACAUAUGUUGGAGAACAGUGAUAUCGAAACCAACGAAAUCCCAGAUAACACUGUGAAUGGCCAGCCGAAAGUGUCCGGAACAUCACAGAAGGGGCUUUGUGUCAUAUGUGAAUUUGUCUUGAAAGAGAUUGAAGAUGAAAUCAAGGAUAAACACAACGAGGAUGAAAUCAAAAAUAUUGUUCUCGGCAUUUGCAAUCGUCUUCCAAAAUCGGUGCGCAGCGAAUGCGAUAACUUUGUGGAGAAGUAUGCAGAUCUGGUCAUCAGCUUACUGGAACAGAAAUUGGACCCCACACUCGUCUGCCAGGAACUGAAACUCUGCAGUCCCACCGGUAUCAACGCUGUUAAGGAGGAAAUCCUAGACUGCGCUGUCUGUGAAGUAGUUGUGAUGGCAGUCAACAAAGUGCUCAGUAACGACAAAGUUGAUCACGAUAUUCUACAUGUCGUUGAGAAGUCUUGCAACCUACUGCCUGCAAAAUAUUACGCUAGAUGUCACACUAUGAUGGAGAUAUACGGUGACAGUGUGAUUCACCUCAUUGAAGAGUUCGGCACUAAGGGUGUCUGUCAGAAGAUCGGCAUUUGUAGCCAGACCAAUAUCGCCUACGUGCAGAUGUACAAGGAAAAGGGAGAUAAACAUUAACUAAUUACAUCCUUGGGGUACUGUCAGCACCAUACUAGAUAUUAUAAUAUUCAUUUUAAUUAUAUUUUUAACUAUUUACCAAAUCUCUUUAGUAUGUAAGUUUGAUUUCAUAAAUAAUUAUGUACGCAUAUUGACUGUUUUAUAUCAAAAUAAUAACUUGUUAAUUAAGCACUAAAGUAGAUAGUAGCUCAGGCUUUAUAUCUACUGUAACGAGUUUUUGUGCUAUAAAAGAAAUAUUAUGUAAAACUUAUUCUAAAAAGAGGCUUACUAAUAAGUCGCGUAUUUUUAUAAAGUAGAAACAAUUAUUGAAAAAUGUUGUUAAGAGUACUUAUGUUGUUUAUAAUAAAUAGUCACCAAAACCUUGAUAUCAGGAUCGAAGAUUUUGUGUACGUAUCCAAACGUCUGUACGUAUAGUAAAUAUACAAUAAUGCUAAUUAACUGAAAUGUAGAUCUUUCUUUUGCAUGUAAAUCCAUAGUUAACACACGCUAGCCUGUGAUAACUUGAUUUGUAAAAUGUUUCUAUAAAUAAAGUUGGGAAAAUUAAACAGUGUUUCAUUUAUGUUUC